UGGCGGUGACGCAGCAGCGGGGGUUUUACGGCCCGCAGCUGGAGGGGGAAGUGGCUGGAGACGACGAGCGGCUGGCCUGGAGGAGGGAGGCCGGAGGCGGCGUCGCCGCGACCAUGACGUUCAAGCGGAGUCGCGACCGGUUCUACAGCACCCGUUGCUGUGGCUGCUGCCAUGUGCGGACCGGCACCAUUAUCCUAGGCACCUGGUACAUGGUGGUGAACUUGCUGAUGGGCAUCUUGCUGACUGUAGAAGUGACUCAUCCAAAUAUAGUGCCAACUGUUGAUAUCCAGUAUGAGGUCAUCGGAAAUUACUAUGCUUCUGAGAGAAUGGCUGAAAAUGCCUGCGUUCUAUUUGCAAUCUCCCUCCUCAUGUUCACAAUCAGUGCAAUGAUGGUGUACGGUGCAAUUGCUCAUCGUGUGGGCUGGCUGAUCCCAUUCUUCUGUUACCAGCUCUUUGACUUUGUGCUCAGUUGUCUGGUUGCCAUCAGUUCUCUUACAUACUUGCCCAGAAUCAAGGAUUACCUGGAUCAGCUGCCAGAUUUCCCUUACAAAGAUGAUCUCCUUGCACUGGACUCCAGCUGUCUCUUGUUUGUUGUUCUGGUGUUUUUUGCUUUAUUUAUCAUUUUGAAGGCAUAUCUAAUUAACUGCGUAUGGAACUGCUAUAAAUAUAUCAGCAACAGAAAUUUGCCAGAGAUAGCUGUGUACCCUGCUUUUGAAGCUCCUCCACAGUAUGUUCUGCCAACCUAUGAAAUGGCAGUGAAGAUGCCUGAGAAGGAACCUCCACCUCCUUACAUACCUGCCUGAAGAAACUUACAUUAAUUAACAUCUGUACCAGCUUCUUGGGAGUUUUGUCUUUUAAUCUUGCAAAACUGCUUAAGUAAUAGAAAUAUUCAGGGCUUUAGGAGCAAACUGUUCUGUUUAAAAUAUGUUUGAUAUAAACUUACUAAGCAAAACACAUCUGGGAAUGAUUUUCUGUUUGCUUUAUUUUUUUUGUUCUCCUUAAUGCUCUUAAAUGUUACUGCCUUAGGGCCUUACAGUGCAAGAACUUAUGCAUGUGACUAACUUUUGGCUUUUAAUAAUAUCAAUUGAGCCAGUCCAUGAUGACAGUUAGCUACGAACAUAAGUGUCUGCAGGAUCGUGCCCUUAAUUUAUAUUAAUUUUUUUGUAAAGUAGUUCAUGAAGACAAUCUGAUCGUGCAGCAAAAUGAGUUAGCCUUUAUCCACUCUUUGGAGGGGGAGGGGGUUUGAAUGUGGUAUAUACAUGAUUUUUGGUUUUUUUACUUUUUACUUUGCACUUUUCUCAUAUGUUAUCUUACUUUAUUGUGGGUUUUUUUGUUAUUGUAUGUCUUGAAACAUAGUAUUUUUCAGGGAGAAGUGAGUUUGGCACAGGAGUUGUAUUACAGGGUGCUGCAAGUGCAAGAAAAACAUCAAAAUGUGGAAGAUGGUUGCAUGCCUCUAAUCUUAUGUAUUUUUCUCUUUGUGAUAAAUGAUACUUAAAUAAAUCUUUUAUGAAAUGUUUA